UCGCGGCCGCUUUGUCGCCUGCGACCGGCCGGCGCCAUGCACACACCGGGCUCCGCGGGGCCGGGCGAGGCGCGCGCGGUUGACAUCAUGGACAUCUGUGAGUCGAUCCUGGAGCGGAAGCGGCACGACAGCGAGAAGUCCACGUGCAGCAUCUGGGGACAGACGGACAUUGAAGCUGUGGAGGCUCUGGUCUGCAUGAGCUCCUGGGGCCAAAGGUCCCAGAAAGGGGACCUGUUAAAGAUCAGGCCCCUCACACCGGUCUCGGACUCUGGGGACGUCACCACCGUGGUGCACGUGGACACAGCCACGCCCGAGCUACCAAAGGACUUCCACUCUUUCUCCACCCUGUGCAUCACUCCUCCUCAGAGCCCGGACCUCGUGGAGCCAUCCGCCCGGACCCCCGUUCCUUCCCAAGUAGCUGACUCCAGAGCACGCGCGGUCAUGGCCGUCCCGCCACCCUCUGCUGUGGCAGCCAGAGUGCCGAGCAGGGCUGCGGAGGGGGGCUUGCCAGGCCUGCGGCCAGAACCUGCGGAGCCCGCCCCUGGCGUCCCCUGCAGAGCCGUGGUGACGAGUGUGAUCCGCCACACUGGAGAGAGCCCGGCUCCUGCCCACUGCGCCGCCGCCCACGCCCAAGAACAGCAGCUUUCCAACAGAAGACAAGGAGGGGCACAGCUUCUGGGGCAUUCGGAAGCUUUGCAAGACCCGCGCCUUGCGGACACUUCGCUCAGCCCUACCUCGGCGCCCUGCGAGCCUUGCUUGCACAAGUCUGGUGGCUCCCUGACCAGCAGCAGAGGCCAGCAGGCAGGGUGGCCCGUGGCAGUGCAGACCUGCUCACCAAAGAAUCCGGAAAAUGACUUGCCAAGGAAAGCCACGCCUGUGAUUACCGUCCCUGUCCCCAGCGCCCCUGUCCUUUGCCAGAUGAUCUCUGUGACGGGACCGAGUGGCGCGUUUUCAGCUUUUCUGAACGCCGCCCCGCAGUUGUCUUCGGGGACUGUCAAACCCAUCCUACCCCAGGCGGCUCCCGCGCCCCAGCCCUUGUUCGUGGGCCCGCCUGUGCCUCAGGGAACUGUGAUGCUGGUCCUACCCCCGGGCGCCCUGCCCCAGCCGGCCUCCUGCACGUCCAGCGUUGUGGCUGUCGGGAGCACCAAGCUGCUGCCUCUCGCGCCCGCCCCAGUGUUUAUCACCUCCAGCCAAAACUGUGCCCCUCAGGUAGACUUUUCUCGAAGGAGGAACUACGUUUGCAACUUCCCAGGCUGCCGGAAGACCUACUUCAAAAGUUCCCACCUCAAGGCUCAUCUGCGCACUCACACAGGGGAGAAGCCGUUCGCCUGCAGCUGGGACGCCUGUGAGAAGAAGUUCGCCCGCUCCGAUGAGCUGUCCCGCCACCGCAGGACCCACACGGGAGAGAAGAAGUUCGUGUGCCCCGUGUGUGAGCGGCGCUUCAUGCGCAGCGACCACCUGACGAAGCACGCCCGGCGCCACAUGACCGCCAAGAAGGCCCCCGGCUGGCAGGCCGAGGUCGGCAGACUGAACAGAGUCGCCUCGGCAGAGAGCCCCGGGAGCCCGGGAGCCCCCACGCCCACGCCAGCCUCCGCCUGAGGGCGGGCCAGCGCGGCCCUGGGCUUCCUGUCCACAGAGAAGGCCCUGGACUGAGGGAGGCCGGGGGGCUGGUUCUCUGGAGAGCGCGUUAACUUUGCUUUUCUGGUUGAGACCCUGUUCAGUAUCUUUGUAGUUUCAGAAGGUUUGGUUUUUUUUUAAGGAAAUGGAAGAAAAUUUUAUAAUUUAAAUCACCAGCAUUCAGACAAACAUUUUGGCAAUAAAGUUUACAAAAUCUGGAUUUUUACAACCUUUCUAUUCAUGUUUUGUAGAAGCGAGACAGGGUACUAAUUUUAUACUGUUUUUUAUAAAAAUAUUUAUAUUGUUGGUGCUCAGAUGACCAGUUCCUAGGUGGACGAUUUUACAGCCUUCUUUUCAUGUUUAGUAACACGUUUUUGUAAUAACCCUGCUUUUUAGUAAACUCAGCACGUUAUUCAAAAAAAAAAAAAAGUUGUUACUGGGAUUUCUAGAUCUGAGAAUUGUUGGAAUGAAAACUGGUUGAAGAAGAGCCUCUUAGAGAAAAGGGGGAAAUUGCGUUCAGUUUCCCACAAUAUUUCCAAGCAAAAUCCCAGGCAGCCAUGCCUGUUGACCAGAACCGGGCACCUGUGGCUCCCAAGGACGUGCUGGGCAGGCUGCCCGCGAGCCGCUGGCCUGCACCCGAGCAGGAGCCACUGCCGGAUCUCGGCGUGCGUGCCGUGUGUCUCCUGGGCCCGCUCCGUGUCCUGUGGCACCUGGGGUGCCACAAAGAGGCUGCCGACCCGGAAACCCAGCUGCCCCGUUGGUUGUCAGUUGACUUCCCUGUCCUGGGUCCUGCGUGGCGGAGAAUGAGGAAGCGUGUGUGCUGCCGGGUGAACUUUCCGCAGAGGGCGCUCGUCUGAGAUGAGCGGGCAGACAGCUCUGCGGCGCUGGCUCCUUUGUUCAGCGGGAGAAACUGUAGGAAAGGCAGGUGUAGCACCGCUGCCCUUCGUUUUCUGUGAAGGAGGCUUGGGUCAAACGGAACAGUAUUCGGCGCGGGCUUUUCUGCCGCCCACCCAGAAGGGAGGCCCUGGGCUCCACGGAGCAGGUGUCAGCGCAUGCCCUAGAAAUGCCAGGCUGGCCUCCCCGGGCCCGCCGACCCCGGCUUUAGCUGCAUAUUGGGAUUCUGGCAACAGUAAAUGCAGAAACAUCGGGAACGUUGCCCUGCCUCGGCGGCCUGAGGGUGCUGUGUGCCGUGUUUAGCUUCCAUCUCUGUCUUUUAGUUGUUGGCAAGGUGGGUUUUGUGUUCAGGUCUUCGUGGUCUGAUCCAGCCCUCACCACGCUCCGUGUGUGAUCUGAUGCUCAUUAAGUUGCCCCCUCCAAUAUCAGCUGCUCUGGGAUGCUCGUGCGUGGGUGGAUGUGUUUUGGGGAGUCUUCACAUUUCUGGAUGCCUCCCUGGGUUGAAUGUCCUGUUGUCUGAGAUGCACACAGUUGCAGGCGCCCCGUGACUGUACACAGCUCGUGUUUGCCCUGCUGCCCCAAACCUGUGUCCAACUCCAUAAAAAUCAGCAUAAACGUUUUUGACAACGUGUAUGUCAUAAAUGGCAUUAAAUUUGGAUAUUUUUCCGUGUGCAGUCAGUCCUGGCGUCCUGGUGGGUAGCUCACGGUCUUUGAGCGGCUGCUUGUCACAUAGAGGUCACUCUCGGACAGUGUCGUGUCUACAUUCUGUAGGAUGGCUUUGAUGUACGCUUCCACUUCUUGAUGAGAUUUAGUGACAUCUUCUGUACGCAGUGCCCUCCUUGCCCCCCCACCCCACCCCCGUUUGUCUGUGGGAAGAUUCUAAGUUGGAAAGCAGUUCCUGCCUGAAAGAUCUGCGCACCAGAGCCCUUGUCGGGCGGCCGGGCGCCUCGGCUGCGGGCCGUGGGCGCUGGAGCCGGGCGCCACGCGGCGGGUUCCCCUCAUGCACUUUAUCGCUGGAGCAAUUGUGCUUGAUCGUUUUUGACUCUGAGCCUUUUAAGUAGUUUCGAUAAUAAAGUGUAGACUGUUUCAUAAUUAUGUUUUAUGUAACAGGCUUAUUAUUUAAAUGGGUAUGUGUAAUGUCACUUUU